AUGGGGGGAACCAGGAUCACCUUCCCCAAGGAGGGUGAAGAGGUGCCCAAUCGUGCUCCCGGUGAUGUGGUGUUUGUCGGGAGAAGCCCUCAUCUCGCUAAAGCAGGCGCUUUCCUGGAAGUGGCGACGAUCCUGGGCGAGCCGCUGCAUCUCUCCACCAAGGGUAAGGUGAUCAGCCCAGACUCGACGCACCGCUUCCCAGGCCAGGGACUAACCCAUCAAAUAAACGGCUCGAGCCGCGGCGAUUUAAUCGUAGACUUCUCCAUCGAGUUCCCGAAAACAAUGUCACAGAAGGCCAGAUCCUCGCUCUAA